CAUCAGUUCAGGUGAGUGGUGGAUACAGUAAGACAAGAAAGGGAUCAAUAACGCAGGGUUAUUUCUUAACUCAGAUUGAUUGUCUCUGGUCAUGUGACAACUUUUUAAUGCUGUUCUAUAAAUUGAAUUUUUGUGUUGUUUUAGAUCUUGCUGUGCUGGAAUUGGUAUCUGAAUAUAGAUGAUAGUGAUAUGGAUUAAAAAGAUUACGAACUAUGUUUAGUACAUAUUAACUGUAUUAUGACUAUUGGAUAAUUGUUUGUUUCUUAGACAAUGCAGAAUGAAUGUCUAUUCCUGCUACUUAGCUCAGAUUUUAUUAUUUUUAUUCUAUGACACCGUUGAUGCUAUAGACUGCUAUGUGUGCACAUCGCUAGAUAAAGAUAAUAAACUAUGCAUGGACGGAUUUAAGAAGAAUCUAGCAACAUCAAUCUAUAUAUCUCGAAAAUGUGACUUCGAUUUUUUCAAGGCUACUCACUGUAUAAAGCUCAAAGGAGUGAGAGAGGAUGGAACAGAAAUAUUAGUUCGACAGUGUGGUGACAAUGAUUGGGGUAGCCAUUGUGGUGACAUCAUGUAUACAAAUGGCGACUCGGGUACAGAGCGAAUUAAUGGAUGUUUAGAAACAUGUGACCAUGAUGGAUGCAAUACUGCAAACCAAAUGUUUACAUUUCAAACAUGUAUAUUCACUUUACUUCCUUCAUUAAUGCUUGGCAUAUUUCGGUUGUGAUAAUUAUUGGUGCAUUUAAAAAAACAGAGGUGAAUCUUGUUUCAGGAUUACGUUUCGAAGAUAAUCCAAGGGUUGAACUCAGUAUUAUAAAAACGGAUUAGAGUAUUUGUAACAUGUCGUUAACAAAGAGUGUGUACAAAUUAUGCUAACAUUCGAAGUAUGAUGAAGGUCAACAGCAAAAACAACGAAGCAUCGAAGAGACGUCAAAAGCCAGAAACAGACUGAGAAAUUUACUUUUUUAUCUUCCGAAAUUUUCAAAUGUAUCAUAUUUAUAAUCUAUGCAUUUUGUUGUUGUGUACUGUCAUUGACACAAAUUUGUCGUCCUUGUAAUUUGUAAUUAUUGAAUCACUUUACUGAUGGAGAUUGCAACCUGAAUAAUGCCUGGUUAACUAUUAGCUUUAAAACGAGAGAUCAGUGUAAACAUAUUUACUAACGGCACAUUUUAGAGUAGGGGAAACGACACUCUAUGUUUAUUAGCCUUAUUACUUCCCCUGUGCUUAGACUAGCAGCUGCGAUGUAAGUUCAAUAGUGUGUUAAUCUCCCUUAGCUCAUAAAAGCGUGUGUAUCGGGAUUUUUAUCUGCACUUCACAUUUGCAAAUCCUCCUAAAAAUGUUUUAUAAUUUGACAGAACGAUAAAACAUCUUUAGGACAUAAUGCAACGGUGUACCUCCUUUAUCGCAUUGUAAAUUCAAAUAAUUUUUGGGUUUGCAAUAGCAAAACAAAGAACUUGCCUGAUCAAAUGAAGGGCGUCAGUAUCUGGUGUUCAAACCACGACGCCUCAUCUUGUAAUUUUGGUUUGCACUAUUUUAGUGGAUCUCUUGCAGCAAUGACUUUGAUACUUAUACACUAGAGGGUAUACUACCUCAGGUUACAAGACUUGAUUCCAAUUAUAUUUCAAAGACUUUUCUGUACGCAAUGAUACCGUGUACCUUCUAUAACUAUUCUAUUGUCAUACCAAAAGAAUUCCCAUAGGAAGACACGAUCAUAGACGUAUAGACGCAAAAGUGGUGCAAGGAUUUACAUUUGUGAGCUUUGUUACAUAUAACAAAUUAUAAUUUACUUGAACAACUUCGUUGAAACUGGUUUUUUUAUGGAUUGUCAGCAAUGUGAUUUUGGCAUUGUCGGAUGAAGGAGACAUGCUCUGAUAUUUUUUUUUUAAUAAUAAAUAUGAGUGAUUUAACUUGAGCUAUCAUACACUGGACACUUCUAAAAUUGAUGUUCACACAGUUUUCCGAUGUCAGAUGAGAUAAGACGUGGAAUGUUUGGAGCUUAAAUUGAGAUUAUCUACCUAUGUAUACUGUUAGAUAUUAAUCUAUUCUGCAUACUGCUGCACUACCUCAUCAGUUAUUGUCGUAUGCCGCCAUAUCUUGAUGUGUUUUUGUGUUUAGAGAAUAUGUGUUCAUUGCUUAUCUUUGACAGGUGUCUGUUAAAUAUAUUCACUUCAUUUUAUUGUGACGAUAGUGAACUUGCCAUUUUAUGCGGACAUCUGUCUUUUGUAAGAGACUGAGUCUUCUAAUCGAAUUUUAGUUUGGCUUCGUUUUUGUUAACAUGUACUCUACGGAAAAGUAAAAUGGGAAUUUGAUGACUCCUACUGUUUCGUUCUUAGGACGACGAUUUGAGUUCUUUUCUUCAAAGCAAAAGCAAUGACUAGUAAAGAUUUACACGUUCUUAUAUGCAUAUAUGACCGUCCUAUUUGUUUCUUUUCCAGUUGAUUUUUUUUAAAUCUUUUUAUCCUUUGGAGUCUCAUUUUGACAUGUGCUUCUGCAACUAGCGUGAGGUUGAUUUUUGUUUAGGUCAAAGAUUUUCUAAUAAAUUUUGAAAGAGGUUAAAUGAUUAUAGCUUAACUUUUUCACGAUAUUUUUCUCCAUUCACAUGUAAGGAAAAAUAUCCACGAGACAACGAUGAAAUAAUAUAUGACUACGAAAAUCGAAAUCUAGAUAAAUGUACAUGUUAUCUAUAGAAACCCGUACCAAAACAAUGGUUGAUUUUAAACGUCGGUAAAAUUCAUUGUUAAAUGCGCCCCAUUUUUUUAGAUCAUUUUUCUGUGGUUGUCAAAUCAUGGAACCUGGUACAUUGCUUCAAUAAUGCGAAGUCCUCACAUUUUGACAAAUGUACUCCUCAUUGUGAUAUCUUAAAUGGUAUUACUGUUCACUGGGAAACUAUUCAUUACUGUCGACCGAACCUGAUACUUGUAAUCUAAAUGAAAUUGUGAGAUACAAGUCUGAUGGGUAAACAUGUUUGGAGUCCAACUUACAGAGGAAGCUGUUUAAGUGAGACUAUGACUUAUUGGUUAUAAAUUAAUGAAUACACGAACAUUUUCAAAUUUUUGUCUGAUAAAAGAUAUAUAUACUUUUUUCCUACUGAAUAACCCAUAAUGCAGUGUGACCCCUGUGUUUUUCUGUUGUUUGCAUAUCUUGUAACAUGUUAUAUUUUAGUUUUGGUUGGAUUACAUGCUUGAAGUCAUGACAAUGUUAAAGGAGUGCCAUAAUUUAAGAAGGUUGACACUUUAUGAUAUGUAAAAGAUUUUUAUUGUAUGUAUCAUCAAUAUAUUUUAUCACCAGUUGUUUGUCUAAUAUCACUUGUUGCUUGCCGUUAUUCUUAUUAUGAUAUUAAAUUGCGUCAAGGU